AUGUCUGCUCCACACGGGCCCCGGGGCGGCCCUGGCCCUGCUGCUGCCUCAGCGGCCGGCGCCAUACCGGAGAUGCCGGACCUCAGCCACCUCACCGAGGAGGAGAGGAAGAUCAUCCUCGGUGUCAUGGACCGACAGAAGAAGGAGGAAGCGAAGGAACAGUCGAUGUUAAAGAUCAAAGAAGAACCAAAGCCUCAGCCGGCACAGUGGUUUCCCUUUAGUGGGAUCACUGAGCUGGUAAAUAACGUUCUUCAGCCCCAGCAAAAGUCCCAAAAUGACAAGGAGCCAGAGCCUGACGCGAAGUUGCACCAGCAGUUUGAAUCAUACAAGGACCAGGUGAAGAAGAUGGGGGAGGAGUCUAAGCAAGCUCAAGACCAGAAGAGCGAAGCCCCCACCUGCGGGAUAUGCCACAAAACCAAGUUUGCCGAUGGCUGUGGCCACCUCUGUUCAUAUUGCCAAACGAAAUUCUGUGCUCGGUGCGGAGGACGGGUGUCUCUGCGGUCAAAUAAGGAGGACAAAGUGGUUAUGUGGGUAUGCAACUUGUGCCGAAAACAACAAGAAAUCCUCACCAAAUCGGGGGCGUGGUUCUACGGCUCGGGGCCUGGGCAGGUGCGGGGCGUGUUUGAGGGCGGGCCACAGGGGAAGAAGGCCAAACUGCAGGACCCGUCCCUGUACCCCUACCAGGGAGCCUCAGGGGACUUCACACCAGCGUCAGACAGAAGCAGACCUCACGGUGGGCUCCUGCCCAGACAGGCAUCCCUUGACAACGGUUCAGGGCUGAGGUACUCGGGGCCCGGUGACGCACCCCUAGACAGGAAAAGAAGCCCAUCUGCAUCCAGGGAUCCAAACCAAAAAUACGACCAAAGGGAGGGGGGUGACCACUCGCAGUAUGCCCCGGCGGACGGCAGCAUGCCCAGAUCACCGUCCGACUACGGGGAUGGGGACCCUCGGCGGGCUCCGCGGGGACCACACAUGUACGCGGACGUGGAUGCAGCACGGAUGGGCUACCGGGAAAGGCGGGGCCCCGGGCGCUGGCACUCCCAGGAGUACCCGUUGGACCAGGAGCUAGACGGACCUCCUAGCGAGUACGACCUGCAGCGCCAGCGCCAGGAGGAGUACCAGACGCGCUACCGUAGUGACCCCAACCUGGCACGCUACCCAGUGAAGCCGCAGCCCUAUGAGGAACAGAUGAGGAUGCAUGCUGAGGUGGGCCGCAUGAGGCACGAGCGCCGCCACAGUGACGUCUCCCUGGCCUACACAGAGCAGGAUGACCCCGGGCCCAUACGGCUGUCCCGUCAGCAUCUCACCGAGCGCCGGCCGCCCAUGGUGGGACAGCGCUCUUACUCCGUGGACCGCUCCUCCCCAGGUCCUAUGGGUCCCGGCCUGGGAGGUCACCGGACCAACCACAGCCCUCCGACGCCACACCGCAGCCCUGUGCUGGGUGACCGCUCAGGGGACCUGCGGAGAGGGGACCUGGGUGUCGGAGGGGAUCCCAUGAGGAGGCAGCAGCACCACCUGGAUCCCAGUUCAGCCGUCCGCAAGACCAAGAGGGAGAAGAUGGAGAGCAUGCUGAGGAACGACUCACUCAGCUCCGACCAGUCAGAGUCAGUGCGCCCGCCGCCCCCCAAGCCCCACAAAACCAAAAAGGGAGGAAAGAUGCGGCAAGUGUCCCUGAGCAGCUCAGAGGAGGAGCUGGCCACCACGCCGGAGUACACCAGCUGUGAAGACGUGGAGAUAGAGAGUGAGUCAGUCAGUGAGAAAGGAGAUUUGGAUGGCCAUUGGUGGGACCAUGCGUCUUGGCAUAGCAGCGAGGCCUCCCCAAUGUCUUUGCACCCGGUGACAUGGCAGCCAUCCAAAGAUGGGGAUCGCCUAAUAGGGCGCAUUUUGCUCAACAAGCGCAUGAAGGAUGGAAGUGUGCCUCGAGAUUCAGGAGCUCUGCUGGGACUGAAGGUGGUGGGUGGAAAGAUGACAGAAUCUGGUAGACUUUGUGCUUUUAUCACCAAAGUGAGAAAAGGGAGUCUAGCAGACACUGUUGGGCACCUCAGACCAGGUGACCAGGUGCUGGAGUGGAAUGGGAGACUUUUACAAGGAGCCACAUUUAAAGAAGUUUACAAUAUCAUACUAGAAUCCAAGCCUGAGCCGCAGGUGGAGCUGGUGGUCUCGCGGCCCAUAGGAGAUAUUCCAAGGAUACCAGACAGCACACAUGCACAACUGGAAUCAAGUUCAAGUUCUUUUGAGUCUCAGAAAAUGGAUCGCCCAUCCAUCUCCGUCACGUCCCCCAUGAGUCCCAGCAUGUUGCGGGACGCCCCCCAGUACCUGUCAGGACAGCUCUCAAGCCAAAGCCUUAGUAGAAGAACAGCGCCUUUUGCCCCUAGGGUCCAGGUCAAACUGUGGUAUGACAAAGUGGGCCAUCAGCUAAUCGUCACCAUCCUGGGCGCCAAGGACCUGCCACCCAGGGAAGAUGGCCGACCUAGGAACCCCUACGUCAAAAUCUAUUUCCUCCCGGAUAGAAGCGACAAAAGCAAGAGGAGAACAAAAACGGUAAAGAAAUCCUUAGAGCCCAAAUGGAACCAGACCUUUAUGUAUUCGCCGGUGCACCGGCGGGAGUUUCGGGAGCGCAUGCUGGAGAUCACGCUGUGGGACCAAGCCAGGGUGAGGGAGGAGGAGAGCGAAUUCCUGGGAGAGAUCCUCAUUGAGCUGGAGACGGCCCUUCUGGAUGACGAACCACACUGGUACAAGCUGCAAACCCACGACGUGUCCUCCGUCCCGCUUCCUCGUGCCUCCCCGAACACACAGCGCAGGCAGCUCCAUGGCGAGAGCCCCACACGGCGGCUGCAGAGAUCCCAGAGAAUAAGUGACAGUGAGAUCUCAGACUACGAUUGUGAAGACGGGGUUGGAGUAAUAACAGACUACCGGCCAAAUGGUCGAGAUCUCCUGAGCUCCACGUUGUCCGUCCCUGAGCAAGUGAUGUCAUCCAACCACUGCUCAAGGUCGGCUGAUAUAAACCGGGCGCGUUCACGCUCUCCCAGCGUUCCCCCACCCUCCAGCAGAAGUUUGGACCCGGCCUUUGACCCCGGGCCGUCUCAGUACAGCUCUUCCACUAGAGUGGACCACCGCAGUGUGUCUGAGGACAACGACUCACCUGACAGCCGCAACCACCGUGUGUACCCCAUCUGCCGAGAGGAAGCAGUCAGGUUACUGCGUUCCACUAGGAUGGCCCGCGCCUAUUCUGAAGGCGCCUACUCCUCCGACUAUGACUAUGAGAGGAACCACGGAGCCAUGGAUAGACACGAGUAUCACAGCAGGUCCCGCUCUGCAGACCAGCGGCCCACUAUAGAGCGCCCCACGUCCCGCUCACGCUCUACUGAACGCCCUCACGACUCUUCGCUCAUGAGGUCCAUGCCGUCUCUGCCAUCUGGGAGGUCAGCCCCUCCCUCACCCGCCUUGACGAGGGCACACCCCCGUAGUGGAUCAGUCCAAACCAGCCCCACCAGUACCCCUAUGUCCAGCAGACGAGGUCGACAACUUCCACAGCUCCCGCCCACGGGGAAGGACAGAAAAGACACGGACUCACCAAGUUGGACGAACUCAGGUAUGGACGUGGAGGAGAGGACCAGGCAGAUGAAACUGAAGAUGAAUAAGUACAAGCAGGGAGCCGGCUCAGACUCUAGACUGGAGCAGGACUACCAGAGGCGUUCAGGCAGAGAUCCCCGGGGCUCAGAUAACCUGUCGGCCAAGUCAUCAGACAGCGAUGUAAGCGACGUGUCCGCUGUGUCGAGAACCAGUAGUGCCUCUCGGUUCAGCAGCACGAGCUACAUGUCUGUCCAAUCAGAAAGGCCGCAAGGAAACCGCAAGAUCCGCCAAUUACGAUCACGGAGCCAGUCUCGGGAAGGGGAUGAGCAGUUAGGGGAAGUGCUGGAGGAGGAGGAGACGGGGGGAGGGGUUGGCGGGGAAGAUGGGAGAAGGGCAAACAAAGACGGGGGAUUGCAGGAAGGGAGGAAGGGAUCGGGAGGCAGAGUAGACAGAGAGGAGGAGCAUCAGGAGGAUUUGGUGGAGAAUGAAGAGGACUUGCACCAGAGGAGUAUCUCAGAGACUGACCUAAGGCAGAUGGGCCCGUCGGGUGGGAUGAACAUGACCAAGAGCACAAGCAUCAGCGGUGACAUGUGUAACCUGGAGAAGACGGACGGCAGCCAGUCGGACACAGCGGUUGGCACGGUAGGCACUGACGACAAGAAGAGGCGCUCCAGCAUUGGUGCCAAAAUGCAGGCCAUCGUUGGCAUGUCGCGCAAGAGCCGGAGCACCUCUCAGCUCAGCCAAACAGAAGCGGGAGGUAAGAAGUUGCGCAGCACUAUCCAGAGGAGUACAGAGACAGGCCUGGCGGUGGAGAUGAGGAGCAGGAUGACUCGACAGGCCAGCCGGGAGUCCACAGACGGCAGCAUGAACAGCUACAGCUCUGAGGGAAAUCUCAUCUUCCCUGGUGUGAGGCUCUCCUCAGACGCUCAGUUUAGUGACUUCCUGGAUGGCCUUGGCCCCGCCCAGCUUGUUGGACGACAGACAUUGGCUACUCCACCUAUGGGUGACAUCCAGAUCGGCAUGGUGGAGAAGAAAGGAGCACUGGAGGUGGAGGUCAUCAGAGCCCGUGGCCUUGUAGGAAAACCAGGUUCCAAGGCACUGCCAGCACCGUAUGUAAAGGUCUACCUUUUGGAAAAUGGAGCCUGCAUAGCCAAAAAGAAAACAAAAGUAGCAAGAAAAACCUUGGAUCCUCUUUACCAGCAGCAACUGCCGUUUGAGGAGAGUCCGGGAGGGAAGGUUUUACAGAUUAUCGUAUGGGGGGACUAUGGACGUAUGGACCAUAAAUCAUUCAUGGGAGCAGUUCAGAUACUCUUAGAUGAGCUGGACCUGUCAAACAUGGUGAUUGGCUGGUUCAAGCUCUUUCCUCCUUCCUCACUGGUGGACCCUACUCUGGCCCCGCUGACAAGAAGAGCUUCCCAAUCCUCACUGGACAGUUUCUCUCGAUCAUAGCAGCGUGUGGACUGAUAGCGUUGUUGUAGCAGCCAGUGUUGCGAUACAGGUCAUGCGCCCCAGUUACACUGCAUGCUUGAUGUUGUGUCUUCUGAGCCUGUUUCUAGGGGUGCAAACGUGAUCCUGUGUUUUGAGCAAAAACGUCGCACACAUCGUGCACGUGGCGAAGCGUGUGGCGAGCGACUGGCGGCCGGGAUUACCGGGUGUUGUUGUUGUUGUUGUCGGAGGAAACUGGAAUGAACUCCUUAGCACGAGGAAUCCGUCAAUUCCAGGUUUUCAUCCAAUUCGAAGCCAUGGGGGUCAGUACUGGGAACCGCUAAACGAGUUCUACAGAAGCCCUUUUCGAAUGAAAAAUAGAUGUUUUGCUUUUAAUUUUUUUCUUUUGUUUUCUUUCUUUUUUUUUUUUCUUUUUUUUUUUUUUUUGUUCUUUGAUGUCAAUGUAUUUGUAUCCGAAGGGGGUGACAGUGUUCCUACCCAGAGGCUUGGUCACGCCAUGCCAACAGACCUAGCUGUGUAGAUGGAGAUUUGGAGACCAUCGCUUUGGGUGAGGUGUGUCCCACCUUGUUUCCGCACUCCCCCAAAACAUCAGAGAAAUGCCCCAUAUAUUGUAGGUUUAUGUGCUGAAUCAAACCACGCAGGUAAAAAGACCAGAAAGACUCAAAAGUUAAUCAAAGGCAAUACUGAAGUGAACACUCCAGACUUUACAGUAACGAUCAAAACCCCACGAGAAGAUGUACUUAAACGAUCUACCAUCAUUCUUUCUCUGUUGAUAUAUUGUAUGAAAUUUAAAUGAGACAUUUUUUUUUCUUUUUAGUUUAUUUGCAUGGACACCAAUUUAGCUGACUUAAAAAAAAA